AUGAUGGUCGAUUUAACCUCUGAAUGUCGAAAUAAACAUAUGAAUCACCAUACUGAUAUCAAUCCUAGUGGAAAUGCUGAAAUCGUCACAAAUAUAUCUGAUGACCUGCCAUCACAUCCUACUUCGCUAUCUUUAUCAUCACAGCAUCAAGUACCUAGACAAGAAUUACACGGAAGUUAUUCAACAAAAAAUCUUCAAAAUCAAGUCUAUCCUCUUGCUUCUGUAUUUCAUAAUCCUUUAAACCACAUACGCGACUAUAAGUACACUAAACCAGAAGUAAUAAAACAAAUCUCUUGUACAAAUAAAAUUAAAAAUAACAAACCUACUGAACUGUGCAAUAACAGUGUCGACAAAUGCACACUGGACAUACUCAACCAACAUUGUCACCAUCCACAACCUAUUUCAUUUUGCUCAAACUUUUCUAAAUCACAGUUAAACAGUCAGCGUAAACGUAUCUAUACCUUCGGAACGAUAAAAUCUAAAACCUCCAUACAACAACAUUCAUCAAAACGUAUGAAAAGAUCGAAUGCCGCCAGUCAUGUGGAUUUACGAUUGAAACUGUUCAAGAAUCAGCUGCCUGAUCCAAAUUCAUCCAAUUUCAACAACAAAAAGAAUACUCCAAAGAAGAUGGCACCAAGAAAACAAACAGAAAGUCUAUAUUCAGAUGAGUAUCCGUCGAAUCAGAAAGGAAGUAAACCUGGCGAUAGCCUUCAGCGUAAAAUGAAAGCAGACAAAAUCAACAGUGCUAUUUUUCACGAAAUCGACGCAUCUUUCCGCGUGAAUAAUUCUACCAGUUAUAAAAAGACUACUACUGAUAACGGUGAAACAAGUAGUAAUGACCAUAGGGAUGACUUCAAAAAUUUACUUAAGAAAACGUAUGAUGAUGGACAGGCAUCCUCGUCGUCAGCGAAACAGACACUGGUGAUGUCUCCUGACGAUUAUAACAGACUAUUCUAUAAAUACAGUAAUAAUAAUAAUAAUCAGGGCUUGAUACAUGAGAAUAUUAAAAGACAAUUACAGAAGUUAUCUACGUCAAUAGGUGAUGCCUCACAGUUCAGUGUAUACUCCUCUUCAGAGUGUCAUAAUAAUAAUAAUAAUGAUAAACCUUUAGAUUUACGUAAUCCAUUACAGUUGCCGUGUAAUGAUGUCGUCUUAUCAUUGAGGAAUAAUUCCAAUAGUGAAAAUGAAAAUGUUGAUACAACAAGGAAUUCUCUGAUGAAAAGUACAAAUUUUAAUGAAUUCUGGUCAUCCCUUUUUAUCUGGAUGAAUAGGAAACAAAAUGAACAGCGAGAAAAAAUUCAGGUGCCUCAACCAUCAUCAUCGUUGUCAGCAUCAAUUCUGUCUACAGAUCAAAUGAAUUUCAUGACUCCAAAUAACAAUACAAACACACCAUAUUCUAAUUACCAUCAAAUACCAAAUCCUCAAACUGAUUUUAGUCAUUUAUUUUAUUCACAUAUGUCAUAUCCUCCUACUUCAGUGAUACCACCACCCCCAGCACCACCCCCGCCAGCACCAUCAUCUGUUUCAGAUCCAGCAUCACCUGUCUUCCCAUCUCCACCGUCUACUACAGCAAAUCCCGGAAAUAUUUUUAUGCCCUCCGGUUAUUCUAUGAAUCAUCAUCAUCAAUAUAAUCAUCAUCACCAUCACCAUCCGACAGCUUCUGUUGUCUAUCCAGUGGCAGCAGCCGCCGCUGCAAUGGCUGUUGCUACUGCUGUAGCCGCGGCCUCUUUUCAACCGGUUUCAUCGUCAUCAGCCUCCUCCUCUUCUUGUGAUCAGCUCUAUUCGACAAUAUCUUCUUCAAAUGGGGGUGGUGCGGGUGAGUUCAGUUCUCAAUGUACACGGAACAUCUUACAACAACAACAACAUAAUAAUGAUAUCGAUUUAAACCAAGGCGAAUCCGUCUCUCCAUCGCCUUAUACAAAUUCAAAUCUACCUGGAUCACAUCUAUCUGUUAGCGGUUAUCCGGAUAUUAUUACUCCUCGAGCAUAUCCUCUUACAACUUCAUCUACUCAUAUAAUGGAUCACUGUCAAACGUCUUCUUAUGAUUCUGAUGAUAAACUUGGAAAUCAAUCGAUUUCUGAAAGAAUCCUGGAUCAUCAUUUGUCUAAAAUGAUCAAUAAAGCAACAGCAGCAGCAGCAGAAGAGGAAGAAGAAGAAGUGGAAGUCGAAGUAGACCACCAGCAACAACAACACCAACACCACCGACACCACCACCACCACCAACAACAACAGCAAAUGCUUCUACAUCAAACCAGUAAAAAGAAAUAUCUAGACAGCAUUGAAUUUCUUAGUCCACAUAUCCUUCCACCUUCAGAAAGUUUAGUCGGUCGUCUAUCUUUAGAUAGUCGGCAUCAAUUCGCGCAAAGAUUCUCCUGCUCCUCCUCCUCCUCCGCAGUAUCAUCAGCGACGACAUCAUUGUUAGAUAGUUAUGCUGCCGACCCGAAUUUACAUCAUAUAGAUAACAGAGAGAUGAAUGAACACCACCAACACGAACACCAACAACUAUCGAAUGAUGAAUUUAUACAAUUCCACAAAACAUUCCAAUUGGGUAGAUCGUGUGAGUCUAGUAAUAAUAAUAAUAGUAAUAAUAAUGAAUAAUAAUCAUAA